GCCAGCCGUCGAGCCUCUGGUCUAGUCUUAACGACCGCGGGCCGAGAGCGCGGCGUCGCUCGUCGUAUGACGCGGAAUUACCACGACUGAAGGGAUCGGAGACGGAAAGGGCCGAGGGACGCAGGCGCCGACCGUGUAUUUUUGGGAAUUGAACGGAGGAUUCACAAGAAUCUUGAACUUCAGGUCAAGGAUUCCUGGCUCAGAAUUUAGUGUGGAUGGUGACACAAAGUGUGGAAGCUGCUAGUAAAAGGUCCAGCUUUUCUGUCUGAGCAAGCUUUCAAAUAAGUGCUUCUAUUACAUUCAUCAAGGACCUUCCACGUGUUCCUGCCAUUGUCAGCACAUCAGCAGUAAUUACUGGUCACUCAAUGGAAACUGAAAAUCAGAAAAUGGAAGAAGAAAACACUGAGAAGAAAAAAGAUGUAGAAAAAAAGAAACGUUCCCGAGUCAAACAGGUGCUUGCAGAUAUUGCCAAACAAGUGGACUUCUGGUUUGGGGAUGCGAAUCUUCACAAGGAUAGAUUUCUUCGAGAGCAAAUAGAAAAAUCUAGGGAUGGAUAUGUGGAUAUAUCACUUCUUGUAUCUUUCAACAAAAUGAAAAAGUUGACUACGGAUGGCAAGUUAAUAGCAAGAGCAUUAAAAAGCUCAGCUGUUGUAGAGCUGGACUUAGAAGGGACCAGAAUCAGGAGAAAAAAGCCUCUGGGAGAAAGACCAAAGGAUGAGGACGAGCGAACAGUAUAUGUGGAAUUACUUCCCAAAAAUGUUACUCACAGCUGGAUUGAGAGAGUAUUUGGGAAAUGUGGCAAUGUCGUUUAUAUAAGCAUACCACAUUACAAGUCCACUGGAGAUCCGAAGGGAUUCGCCUUUGUGGAAUUUGAAACCAAAGAACAAGCAGCAAAAGCUAUUGAGUUCCUUAACAACCCGCCAGAAGAAGCACCAAGAAAACCUGGAGUAUUUCCCAAGACAGUGAAAAAUAAACCCAUCCCAUCUUUAAGAGUGGCUGAAGAAAAAAAGAAGAAGAAGAAGAAGAAAGGCAGAAUGAAGAAGGAAGACAAUGUUCAAACCAAAGAGUUAAAUAUGGACACAAGCAACGUGAGUGCCAGUAAGGUUAAAAGAUUGAGGACUGCAUCCGAGGGUUCUGAAACUGAGACUCCUGAACCCCAAAGGCAACCUGCAAAGAAGAAGAAACGGGAAAGGGCUGAGCCCUCCUCCAGCAUACCAGAAGGCAGAGCUGGAAAGAGGAAGAGAAGCAGCUCUGGAGAUGCUGAUUGUUUACCUGCGAGGCCCAAAGCCAAGAAGAAAGAUCACAGGGAAGGCAAUGAAGAAGCAGCUUCUGAGGUCUCCAAAGAAAGCAGAGACUUGGAAUUCUGCUCUACAGAAGAGGAAAAAGAUGCUGGAGAUCUAAAAGAUGGUUCCCUCCUAAAAGCUAAAAGAAAGCAUAAGAAAAAACACAAGGAGAGACAUAAAAUGGGAGAAGAGGUUAUACCAUUGCGAGUACUGUCCAAGAGUGAAUGGAUGGAUUUAAAAAAAGAGUAUUUGGCACUGCAAAAAGCCAGUAUGGCAUCAUUAAAGAAAACAAUAUCUCAAAUAAAACUGGAGUCAGAAAUGGAAACUGACAGUGAUAAACCUGGAAUCAUAACAGAAAAGGCAGCCCACAAUCAAGAGUGUAGCCCUCAGGAUAAAGUUAAUGCAUCAGGCCCACAGUUUGUGAAUGGAGUGAUUGUGAAGAUCAUUAGUGCAGAGCCUCUACCUGGCAGGAAACAAGUGCGGGAUACUUUGGCCACAAUCUCAGAAGUUGUUUAUGUUGAUUUGCUUGAAGGAGAUACAGAAUGUCAUGUCAGAUUUAAAACUCCUGAGGAUGCUCAAGCAGUAAUCAGUGCACAAACUGAAAUUAAAAGGAAGCACUGCUGGAAACUCGAGAUCCUUUCUGGUGAUCAUGAACAGAGGUAUUGGCAGAAGAUUCUGGUAGACAGGCAGGCCAAGCUUAAUCAACCUCGAGAAAAGAAAAGAGGAACAGAGAAGUUAAUCACCAAAGCUGAAAAGAUAAGACUGGCAAAGACUCAACAAGCAAGUCAACACAUUAGAUUCUCUGAAUAUGAUUAAAAAUUAUACUUUCCCUUCAUGUUUCACUGGAUACUUUAACAAUUAUUAGGAAGUCCAAUUUUAUUGUUUUAGUGCUGCUUGAUCUACUGAAUAAUUUUUUUGUAAAAUCUACAUUUAAUUAAAAUCACCUUUGUUUCUCAAGUGUAAAUAAGAUGUUUUUCUAAAGACAAAUACAGUGCAAAGUAUUUUUUUUUCAGUGAACACUUUA